AUGCCAUCUCCUCCAGUUCCAGUCCCAAUUCCAGGCGACAUCGUGUCAUCUUCUCCUGCAUACCCGUGGCCAUUCCGUCCUCGAGAUGAAACAGCCUUCUCCCCUGCUCCUGCACCUGGUGGUAGUGCUGCAAGCUCCAAUGGCAACAGUGGCAGUGGGGUUACUUGGAUCUCACAUGCCUCUAUUUUGUGUGCUUUUGCUGCUGCUGUUGCUUGUCAGCUCCAAAAAGCCUCAUUGGUUGGAAAUGAUGCAUUUGCGGUUUUAAAGGCUGACAACCAUGGCAAUUUUAUAACAUAUUCAGCUUUCUGUGAAGCACUCCGCCAGCUAAAUUUAGUUGGUCUUCCUUAUGGACUCAGUUCCCGGGAGACAGAAGAUUUAUGGAUGCAAGCUGACGUUAAUGGAAAUGGCGUUGUUGAGUAUGAAGAAUUUAAGGCUGAUGAGUUCGUGAGCCCAAGUGUCAGGUCGUGUGAGCUGGGCCUUCAGAAAAUGGGCCAAAAACAUGGGAGACGCUCUCGAGCGAAUGUUCUAGAGGAUUGUAGAAGAUUGCAAGAAUUGGAAGGUUGUGGAGUGGGGCCCGAAAAACUUGCAAAGCAAGCAACUUGGGCUUCAAGUCCAGAGUGA